GCCUGUGGGUUUUGGUUUGUUAGGAGAGCCCUGUUAGUUUCCCCCUUCCCCUGGUUUGCUGCAUUGAUUGGGACGGCGUGUCAGAGCCCCGUUAGAUCCGAGCUUGCGGUCUACCCCAGGGCAGUUCCUGCCUUUUUAUCUGUAAGCGAGCCCAGCCCAUAAUAGACACUUAUCUAAUGCUUGGCAGAGCUCAGCAGUGAACACACCCACUCGCUGCUGUCUCUCUCUCUUUCUCCCCCCUCUGUGUCUGAUGGUCAAGGCCUGUGUGUGUGUACUGCCUGGAUGAUCAGCUCCCACAGAGAGCCCCCGUUGUGGGUCAGAUUGAACCGGAGCUUGCACAGCUGAAUCUGUGUGGGAAUAGCUGAGCAUCAGUACCAGUGCAGUGUAACAAGCCCCUGCACAACUCAUCAGGAGAACCCGAUCAAGCUGCAGCAGAGAUGGAGACAGUGGUUAGUGGAGAGCACAGUCUGUGUGUCGACCAAGAUAGGGACAAUAAACCAGCACCGGGCCUCCCCGAGGUGAACGAGAAUGGAGUUGGGGUAACCGCAGCAACGCAGUUUGGGGCAGCAAACCAAGCGACUAAAGUGCAAGACAUCCCCACAACCGACAAAACCGAAGGUGAUUCUCUUGCUGUGGCUUUGUGCAGCCAUUGUGCCCCACCCCAGCUCGUACAUAGUGGAGAGGGAAACGCAGAAAAGGUUCACCAUUGCUGUAUGUUACAGACAGUGGCAGGCACCUGUCCACCAGAUUCUUCUCCUUUGUCAGAUGAGCCUGUUUCAGAUGCUUCUGAUGUAAAAAGUACACCAUCUUCAGAAGCAGCACCCUUGGACCUGUCUUCACAAGAGGUCACAGCAGAAGAAGAGGAGCAAACUGUGGCCUUUGUUGGAGUUCAGCUGAGUUACAGGCAACAGAGUGCUGUUGAGAGGAUGGGAACCGAGAUAGGCCCGAGUGAGCAAACCAGCCUAAUUCUUCAGGAACCGCUUGUACCCGUGAGCUCGAUAUGGCCUGAGGAGGCAGUGACCAAUACCCCAUCAGUCACAGAACAGGCAUUUCUCACUUUGGACAAUUCACAAAUACCUGACGUUAUUCAGGAUAUGUCUGGGCUGGGAGCAGUAAGCUUUGGAUUAGAAGAGAGACAAAUUUGUGAGCAAUCAAGCCCUCAAGAUACUGUUCUAGCAACUUCAGAACAACCCAGAGAGCAGGAGCUGGCUGAGAGUAUGGAGGAGGAUAUGGGGGAACUCCUUCCUGAGGCUAUCGGAGCUCUAAGUCUGGUAACUACAGACGGUGCAGGAGAAUCAGCUGACAUGACCUUGACAGAUGGAAGAGUUCCUCAGGCUGAGUUUAAGAUUGAAGCAGCUUCAGACCCAAAGUUAAUGGAAGGCAGUGUGUGUGUGGAGGGCCUGGGAGAUGCAGAAUUCAGAGAGCAGGGGGAGGAUAUCCCGCUUACAGGGGAUCAUGAUACAGCAACCCAUCAGGUGGAAGAGGUUGAAGAUCGUCAGUCACAUCUGGCCAUUCAGGAAGGAGACCUGGGACUUGUCCAAACACCAACCCUGGAAUCUCAGAGGAGUAAGUGCGAAGAAGAUCUGCCUGUGUCAGCAGCGAAAGCUCAAUUGCCUGUGUCAGGAGAAGAAGGAAACAAAUCUCAGGCACCUGAGAACAAGACCAAGAGCUGCACACCUACAUCUGCCAAAAUCUCAAAACCUAGGCCUCAGGCCUCUGCUACUCCUAAGAGGCCUACCACAGCUGCCCGUAGCAACAAAUCUUCCAGUCUUAUCUCCACCCCCAAAAGGCCUCAAUCGACUACAAGCCAAGAUGGUGCAGGAGUUAAGGAGCAUAGAGCAAUGAAGGUAACAGAGACUAGGAAGACUCCAGGAUCACAAGCACCAUCUGGUCUCAGAAUGCCAGGAAGUGUCGGUGCAAAGACACCUCCGAAGCCGACAGCCGCUGCGAAGGGAACACCUCACUCUCCUGAUAUCAAAAGGACAACAACAAAGGUGGAGCAGAAGAAAUCGGGAAAAGGUGAUUCGGCAGCCAAAGCCGGUGGUAGUGGCAGUGGGUGCAGCAGUCCAGGUACCCCUGGGACUCCCAGCAGUCGCUCCCGUACACCUUCCCAGCCCUCUACCGGAGCGGCAAAAGAAGUGAAGAAAGUGGCGAUUGUUCGUACGCCUCCUAAAUCACCAGCAGCUUCCAAAGUACGGGCAGCCCCUGUUACUGUGCCCAUGCCUGAUCUGAAGAAUGUUAAAUCCAAAAUUGGAUCAACAGACAACAUUAAGCACUCACCCGGUGGUGGCAAGAGAGUAACUCCCUCAAUGUUCCCUUUAGGUGGUGGAAAUGUAGAGAUCAAAUCGCAGAAAGUUGACUUUAAGGACAAAGCUCAAUCCAAAAUUGGUUCAAUGGACAACAUCAGCCACACACCAGGCGGGGGAUCGAAAAAGAUUGAAUCUCACAAGCUGACUUUCCGUGAAACAGCCAAAUCUCGCACAGAUCACGGUGCAGAAAUCAUCUACAAGUCCCCCACCAUCUCCAACGAGGGCUCCCCACGCCGUCUCAGUAAUGUCUCCUCCACCAGCAGCAUCAACAUGGUGGAGUCGCCACAGCUUGCUACUCUCGCUGACCAGGUCUCAGCCUCUCUGGCUAAACAGGGUUUGUGACUGUUACUUGAAAGGCUCCCCUUCCUCCACAGCAGUUUGCAGGUGUCUAACAUGAACUGGUGUUGGACCAUCCUGAGCCCUCUCUAUCUUGCUCCUUCCACUGUCCUCUGAAACAUUCAGUCCAGCUGUGUCAAAAUUAUCUGGCCAUUUACAGACAGUGGUGCUUUGUUGUAUUUUGUAUGCCCUUGCACGCACAGUGUGUUAAACUCCUGAUCUGCGAUCCUUUAGGCUUUGUGAGAAGACUAGCACUCGAGAUGUGGUUUGUCCCUUUAUUUAAAGUUUUGGGGGUCCAAGCAAGAAGCAAGUGGAGAAGUGCAAAAAUAAAUUUAAUAUAUGAAUAGAAUUUUGUUUCUUCUUUCAAGUGGCUAAAGUUCGGAGGGGUGGAGUUUGUGCUGCAGUUGCGUGAAUUAUUGGUUAAACCACAUCUAAAUAACCCCUCAGUUCUGAACACUGUAUCACAGGAAGGAGAUAGUGUCCUCUGAGAGAGUGCAUUGGCUCCUCCACCAAAUUGCUAUCGAGGUUAAAAUGGCUGCGUAAAGUGAGAUUCUGUUACAUGGAUGAGGAUUCAUCCAUGAAUGUAGAAGCUAAGGUGGUGUUUAACUGAUGUUUAAGUUGACUAUAGGAGUUGCGAGAGAAAGUACUUGUUCUGGUGGGAACUGGGGAAUGAAGGGGCUCAAGCUCAAAGUGGUCAGGAAUGGAAACAGGGAACUCUCUUCCACCAAAAGCUUUUGAAAUUGGCGUCAACAGAUAAUUUCAAAUUCUGAGAUUGUUAGACAUGGUUUUGUCAAGGCAGAGUGUCAAGGGUGAUGUAACCAAGAUGGGUAAAUGAAGUUAGGGUAUAGCUCAGCAUUGAGCAGCUUAGAUGGUGGAGUCACUAGAAGGCUGUCUGUCUCUUGGUAUUCCCUGUUGUGUUCUUUCUGGUAAUGAUUGCACUUGGUCUUAUCCGAUGGGGGACACAAUGCUGGGCAGUUUCCCCCCUGGGUUGUGAGCAUUGUGGCCAAGAGCCCAACUUCCUUCCGAAUGGCUGAAUGGAGCAUACUUUCAUGUAAAACUUCUCAAGAUCAAUAACUGGAGAGGUUUGCUCAAAGUGAGUUGUUUUUUUUUCUGAACGGCAUUUAGUAUUUUCCAUUUUCUGUAUUUUGUGUGGGGAAGAGCUUCCUGAAAUCACCCCUGGACAGCAUGACUCGAAUUUAAUAUUUUGCCCAUUGUUCCUACCAGAGAAAUCUGUUUGUUGUCCUGCCUGUCAAGUCUUUAGAUUAUAUUAAAUGCUCUGUUACGUGGCCUUCAAUUUUCUCUGCUCAAAGGACUACAAGACUGGUGAAUGCAGUCUGUCCUCAUACGUUUUCCACAUUCAGCCCAGGCCUAAUUCUGGCGACACUGAUCAAUUUAAGCAGCAUGUGGGGAAUGACAGACUGUUCACUGGAGAACCUCACAUCUCUUACUGAUCAAAUUCAGUACAGUGCUACAGGGACACAGCAGCCAGACAGGCCCAGACACCCCCUCCGCAUCCUGUCCAGACAGGCCCAGACACCCCCACCCAGUCCAGGCAGGCCCAGACACCCCCACCCCCACCCUGUCCAGACAGGCCCAGACAUCCCCCACAACCUUGUCCAGACAGAUCCAGACACCCUCUCCUCCACCCUGUCCAGACAGGAUCAGAUACCCCACCCUCAC